GUCACUCGCUUUGCACCGCAUAUUUGAUCUCAGUAAUUCAUCAGUAAUUAAUAUAUUGUGUAAAUAAUACCAAAUUAAAAACAAAAAAACUUAAAUAACGAUUCCAUCAUGUCAUCAACAUCGGCGGCAGGUGGCAGUAGUGGUGCAAGCACUGGAAGCUCAGCGACAGCCGCCGCUACCACACCUAACGCUAGUAACAGCAUGCACUCCAACAGUGGCCGAGGUCGAAAUAGCAACACUGCAGGAUCCAAUGCUACAAAUUCCGGCGCAGGUAGCUCGAAUGCCAAUCUCAACAAUGUUGUAAACAGUGCUGCAUCUGCUGCUGCAGGUUCUGGAACAGGUGAAGAAACGCGUAAAGAUCCCAAACCAAAUCCAAAAAUUUCCAAAGCACUGGGUACCUCAGCUAAGCGUAUUCAAAAAGAAUUGGCUGAAAUUACACUGGAUCCUCCACCAAAUUGCAGUGCUGGGCCAAAAGGAGACAAUCUCUACGAAUGGGUUUCAACUAUAUUAGGACCGCCGGGAUCGGUGUACGAAGGUGGUGUUUUUUUUCUUGAUAUACAUUUUUCACCGGAAUAUCCAUUCAAACCUCCUAAGGUGACAUUUCGAACACGUAUCUAUCACUGCAAUAUAAAUAGUCAGGGUGUCAUAUGCUUGGAUAUUCUCAAAGAUAAUUGGUCACCAGCGUUGACUAUAUCGAAAGUUCUACUCUCAAUUUGUUCCCUGCUGACUGACUGUAAUCCUGCGGACCCCUUAGUGGGCAGUAUUGCCACUCAAUACUUGCAGAAUCGUGAAGAACACGAUAGAAUCGCUCGACUUUGGACAAAAAGGUUUGCCCAAUAACGGGCAACAAAUGUUUUUUAUACAUUUAAUUUAACCUAAUUUUUUACAGAUACGCAACAUGAUUUCCUAAUCUUGUAAGUCCCAACAUUAAAAUAAAAUAUAAGCAACAGUAAUAGAAAUCUAAAAAUAAUGGCUGCAGAAAAAAUAAAAGUUAAUAAUAAUUCAAGCAAUUCAAGCAAAACGAAUAUUUGCGAACAUCCUGCAGGUGAAUGAUAAUGGUAAAAGUUAUACGUUUAAAAGGAACUUAACUUUCCAAAUUAUGUUUAACACUAUCUAAUAUUAUAUUAGCAACUAAUUAUAAAAACCAUAAUAUAACAAAAUAUCAAGCAGAUAUUGGAUAGGGAACGGCGAUAGAGAGGGUAUGAAUAUUUUCGAUCAAAUUUAUUUGCAAGUUCAAAUCAUAGUACUUUUUCUGUAGUGUUUUUUCCAUGAAAUGAUGAAAUAAAAAUAUCACGAAAUCGGUAUGAAAUCAUAUUUUAUUUUGUGUAAAAAAUAAGCUAAAUAAUUGCUAUACAUCUUACCAAUAAGUAAUAGAUGAACCAAAACUGCUGAUUCGAUGUCAAAAUAAAAAUCAUAACAAGAAAAGCUGCUAGAUAUACACAAUUAAACAAUACACAACUUAAGAUAAUAUGUAGAAGCUAAUAAAUCUGUUCGAUUGAUUGUAUUGUAGCAUCGGAACUGAGAAGCAGGUGACAAAUCCUUGUCUUUAAAUUGUAAACAUAAUCGCGAGCAUCAAAUAAAAAUUAUAUAAAAACGCUCAUACCAUUAAUAUUA